AUGAGGUUACCGUCGCGUUCGUCCGCGCCCAUCUUGCGCAUCGCGAACGGCACGUUUUACCGCCGGCAUCCGAACGCGCAAUCGACGCAACCGAAUCCGCCGCUGUUCAGCGACCUGACGUUCGAGCUGCCGUCGGCGGCGGAGGGACCCAAGAAGCAUUGGUGCAUCGUCGGGCCUUCGCUCUCGGGCAAGACGACGCUGCUGCAGGUUCUCAGAGGCCAGCACCUUGCCAUCCCGCCCGCGACCAGAUCGUACCCGUACCUCUCGAGCGAGGACGUCGCGCCGCGGCUGCGGACCACGAGCAAGGCGAUACAGUAUGUCGGGUUCGACGGCGAGCAGGGCGGCGGCGGCGGGAUCGGCGGGGCGACGACGAGCGCGUACCUCGCGGCCCGGUACGAGUCGCGGCGGGAGAACACGGAUUACUCGCUGCGCGACUUCUUGCUGGGGAACUUGGAGCAGAACACGCUCGAGCGAGAGCUCCGGCAGAGGGACGAGGGGGCGAUACCGAGGGAGCUGCUGGAGAGGGUCGUCAAGGACUUGAGACUGGAUCAGUUGCUCGAUCUGCCCGUCGCUUUUUUGAGUAACGGACAGGGCCGGCGUGCGCGGAUUGCGAGGGCGUUGUUGACGACGCCCGAGGUGCUGUUGCUGGACGAGCCGUUUAUGGGGCUCGAUCCGCCGACUGUUGCGUCGUUGAGUCCGCUGCUUCAGGGUCUGGCGGAGAGGCAGAGUCCUAGGCUUGUGUUGAGCGUCAGGCCGCAGGAUCCUUUGCCUGACUGGAUCACGCACUUGAUCUACCUGCGGACGGAUUGCCAGAUUGGAUCGAUGGGCCCCAAGGAUGUUGUUCUGGAGGGGCUGAGGAAAUAUGUGAGGGGAGUGUGGAAGGGUGGACUUGCGGAGGAUGAGAAGUUGCCGGUGCAUUCACUCGUGGAAAUGGGGAAGACGUUGACUGCGAAGGGAGUACAGGGUGAUGGAUUGAUCGACGCAAAGGAGAAGGAGAAGCAUGUCGGCGCUCCUAUGUCGACGGCUGACGCUGCUCCCGAGUCGGUGGGAGAGCCAUUGGUUGAGAUGGACGGAUGCCAGGUGAGGUACGGUAACAAGAUCGCGCUGGGCAACUGGUCUCAAGAUACAUCAUCUGGACCCAAGGACGGUCUCAUUUGGACUGUCAGGAGAGGCGAGAGGUGGGGUGUCUUCGGUCCCAACGGAUCGGGCAAGACGACCAUCGUCUCUCUCCUCUGCUCUGACCAUCCACAGACGUAUUCACUGCCUAUCAAGCUGUUUGGGCGGAGCAGACUGCCCGAGCCUGGAUCAGGACAGAGGCCUCUGACGUUCUGGGACAUUCAGUCACGGAUCGGACACUCGAGUCCUGAAGUUCAUCAACAUAUGCCUCGCAACCUGACGGUACGACAAGUCCUGGAGAAUGCGUGGGCGGACACCUUCAAAGCAGUCCCCAAGCUCGACGACGAAGCAAGGGGCAAGGUUGAGGCAUCGCUUCGCUGGUUCGCGCCGGAGCUCAACCCGGAGUAUCACAACACAGCCGGCGACAAGCUGUCUUGGGCCGACGACUACCUCUUCGGCGGCCUCUCCUUCAGCGCGCAGCGCAUCGCGCUCCUGCUCCGCGCCGUGAUCAAGAACCCCGACGUGGUCGUCCUCGACGAGGCCUUCAGCGGGAUGGACGACGCCGUCCGGGACAAGUGCAUGCUCUUCCUGGCGCGGGGCGUGGAGAAGACGUACCGCGGGGAGCAGAUCGUGGACAGCGAGGUGGACGAGGUGAGGGUCAGGGGUCUCUCUGAUCGGCAGGCGUUGAUCUGCAUCAGUCACAUCAAGGAGGAGGUGCCGGAUUGCGUGCGGGAGUGGAUCUGUCUUCCCGAGGCGAACGAGGGUCUGCCCGCGCGGUUUGGACGGUUCGAUGGGCCUCUGCGGACGGACGAGAAGCGUUGGAGGGCGCUCUGGGGCGUGUAG